GUAUGCUUCCGCUUGCAACCCAUGGCAAACAUGGACCUUGGUUUAAUGGCUGGUGCACCCGAAUAACAGAUCUCAAGGCAGAGCGCACCGUCACGCUGAUCUUGGGUUCAUUUCAGGAUUCAGAACCACGCUGGUCAGAGGUGUACACCGCUGUGCUGGUGGAUGAUGCUCAUGGCAAUCAUCAGAUGGAGCAGGUGUUCUCAGAUCCGGCGCAGGCAGAGAUGCACAAUGCCGACGAGCUAUCCCAAGAGCUCACGCGUCGCUACCAUGACAGCAACUCUUGGACUCUGCCUAUUGGGAGAUUUCAGACCAAUGGCUCCAGCUCCACACUCGAUUUCAGCUUUCCCUCCGGGCUUCACCUGGCAGCACGACUUUCCGACCGGGUCUUGUGGAAUCCAGGCAGGCCCUUUGACGGCCCAGAGGGAUGGGUGCAGCGACUUCCGUCACCCAUGCUGCCAACGCACUAUUUUGUGGAGACUCUGGCCUCGGCAACAGAGUACGAGCUGAACGGCCAGCAAGGUCAAGGCUUUGCGCACCAGGCUCGUGGGGUCACGGAAAGUGUUGCGGACCCGAAACGUUGUGUUGCUGUGGCUGGCGGGCACAGCGUGUUAAGUCCUCAUUGCGCCUCCCUUGGGGGCAGAUUGGAGCUAAGCCGCAACGUCCCAACGAGUCCAAGUUCACACCUGCAGCGAAUUUGUUGA